ACAAUAACAGAUGUCAUUUUUCAUUAAUAAUUUCUUUGUUGUCAUUCCUUCGAGUAUUUAAUUACAUAGAAAAUAUUAAACAAACAUGUUGAUGUAAAAAAUAACAAGUAUUAUAAAAUUAUCAAACCAAAAACCUUGCCGACCCUUAUUUCUUCAUUGCAGCAUAACUAUAACUAGUAAUUGAAAUUGAUUAGGUUUGUCGCUCCGCGAGCGGGGCAAAAUGUCGCCUCGAAAACAACCAAAUAGUUUAUUUAAAAUAUGCGUUAAAAGUUGCAUUACUCUGAUAAAUUCUGCUUGUUGUGUUAUUGAAAAAAGUUAUCCCGAAAAUAUGUUUCAUGAGUGUGAGAGGCAGGCGUUUCAAUUGAAGUGCCACUUGAUGUCAAUGCUGCCAGUCAGGUUAUUUGAUGUCCUCUGUUCCGAAAGAACAUGCUGUCAAUACCGCGGUGACCCCCGUGUCCAACUCCAUGUGCUCACACACCCCAACAUGACAGUCUUCCGCAAAUGCGACCUCGAUAAUGGAAUACCCCAAGGAUUUUGGAUCGAUACCCUCUCAAACUUCAACAGAUUAGCUGUACUUGAUCUGAAAUUCAUAUGCACAGAUGAAAUUCUUCAGGUCAUCGGCAUCAGUUGUCCAUUAUUGGAGGAAAUCAAUAUAGUUUCCAGGGUAGACAUUUGUAAAUCACUCUUCAAUGCUUCUGUAUUAAUAAGAAAUGUGUCAGAUACUGGUCUUUGUUCGAUUGCAAAUUUAAAACAUUUGCGAGUAUUAGCUAUGGAUCCGCCUAGGAAUGAGAGAGUAAUUCGCGUAGGUCGUUGUGUGUCACAAGCAGGUAUUAUUAUGUUAGUCAGUGAGCUUCCAUAUUUAGAAGAAUUACGAAUAGAGUCAUGCGACAUUGGUUCUACGUUGAUAGGUACAGCUAUGGAGAUAGGUCCUUUGAGUCUUAGAAAAAUUAAUUGUCAUUUUGCAUCUGCAGAUGGUAUACGUAAAUUAAUAAAGAUAUGUCCCUUCCUUAAAGAGUUAUCAGUUACUCAUGUCUUUGAACAUAAUAAGGAUGCUAUAUUAGAACAAAUUUCUAUGAGUGAUUUGAGAUUAAAUAGAUUAGAUUUGUCAUUCUUCUCUUAUACAGAUUCAAUGCAACAACUUUUAAGGCUAAAAGGCACAUAUUUGACUCACUUUUCUCUAUGGGAAAUUGAUAAUUCGUUAACAUUGGAUGCUAUUCUAUCUAUAGGUAGAUGUUGUCCGAAUCUCGACUCCCUGUGUUUAAUGACGCAAUCAAAGUGUUUAGUUAUCCCCAGAUAUUUUAGAAGACCCAAAAAAAUAUUCUCCGAACUAAGAAAUUUGACGAUAGGCAAUGAGAAUUUUAAUAUUGAUCACAUAUUGACUUUCUUCCUUGAGUGUACACAGAAUUUAGAAAAGUUAGUAUUGAAAUAUCAAACCAAUAUGAAUAUUGAUGAAACUUUAAUACAUUUACUGGAGAAAGGUGUUUUUAGAAACGUGCAUAGUUUAUGGUUGGAUUGUACUUUAGAAGUGUCUAAAGAUGUCGUGAAACGUGUAAUAAGUACAUGUGAAAAACUUCAAAUGUUUACUGUUGAUUUUACAGAAGAGAUUAAUGAUGUACACAAAUAUAUAAGUGAGAAUAAUUUGGAUUUGAAAUUGGGUAGUUACUAAUAG